GUAAAUCGUUUAAGAAAAUUCGUUAUUAUAAGAAAAAUAAGGAGUUAAAUUUUUUAAGUGCGUGAUUCAACCUCUUAACUUAACAAUUAUAUUAUAACAAGUGUAUUUUGCCCGAGUAUUUUCGGACUUUUAAAUUAAGAGGUUAAGAACCUAACCCAGGUCUGCCUCAUGGAAGUGGGAUUUCCUGGAGAAGAGUCAUCCAGCUUCCAAUGAACUGGGUUAAACACGUCGCAGCCACUAGAAGGACAUUCUCAAUGUACAUAGCAUCUAAUCGACGUUGGCUGAGCGAACGGAAAAAGGUUAUCAGAGCUUCGUAGUGAGAGCAACGUUCGAGGAGAAAGCCGUUUAGGAUUCAAUUUCAAUGAUCAUCCGCUGAACUGGUCGCAUCGCAGAGGAACCCGAAGCUGUUCGGAGAAGGACCAUCGUUCAGGAUUCGACGAAGGGACCCUGGAUGAAUCUGAAACUAUUCUUAUGGACAAUGCUGGGGUUAUUUGUGGCCUUCGUUGGCUGUUUCAUGGCCAGCAUCUGUGUCACCACUGCUGAUCAGCUGACUCAACAAGUGCGUCAAAUCUUGGUCGAAGGUAUGAAAAGGUACUUUACGGACGUGACGUGGAAGCGAAGGAUAGAUAAUAUGCAGGUGCAGAUGCGAUGCUGUGGAAUAGAUUCCUCCGACGAUUGGCACUCGACUUACUGGCUGCAACGAGAUCUUCUUGUCCUGGAUUCGCCGGAUAUCUUAAGGUACGCCAAGUUAGACGGUCGCGUGACGCCGCCGGUGGUGCCAUGGAGUUGCUGUCGAAUCGACGUAAAGGGUCCCUGCUAUCACGAUCCUCUUCAGCUGCCAAAUCCGGAACAGAAUUCCACUUACGACAGCCUGAACGCUCCGGGCUGUCUCGUCGCCAUGAAGACCUUGCUAAACGGCACGCUGUAUUCCAUUCUGCCGUUGCUCUCGUGUCUGUUUGUAUUGCAGAUUAUCGUGACCGUGUUGUCGAGGCUGGAUUUCACGUCUGCGAGAAACGCAGUCGCCCUGGGGAAUCGAUGGGCUGAUUCACCUGGAUGGCUGUACGGUCGUCUGGAUUUCGGAAACGCAAACGGACCUAAUCUUUUGCAGAUCGAUCGGAAGAACAGCGGACGGGGCGAUUCGAUGAUCGACCUGAAACCUCUUGUUUACUCCAGUGACACAGAAUGAAGCUAAACGAAGGGAACGUUGAGGAAGAAACAGAGAAACGGGAUCCAGCGGUAUCAUAUUUCCACGAAGCGUUUCCGGUCUCCCUCGUAAAGAUCUUUCUUCUAUUAAAAUAGGGCGUACCACGAGUGAUGGUAUUUGGGGAUGAUUCUGAGCGAAGAAAUCAAUUUUUAAUAUUCUUUGUAUUAAUUUUUGAAUCACUGUUUGUGGAACACCCUAUACAUCACCUAAUUAUCUUCUGUACACCCUGUACACCUAAACCAAAGACCUUAGAAUUGAUCUGUUAACGUUGGAAAAGUAUCCCUUGGAGCUUUUAUCGAAAUGAAAAGACAUCGAAGAGUAGAGUGCGUUUAACGAAGAGCCACGAUUAAUGGAUCAUCGAUUACGAGACACUCGAAACAGCCUCGAGAGGAACAAACAAGCUAUCGAAAGAGGGAGAAACGAAAGCUGGAUAGAGGGAUGAGGGAUGGUACGAUAAGAUAAGACUUCAUCGAAUUUCUUUCCGCGAAAGUCCGUCGCCGGGAUUCAACGAUGGCUUUCACCAUGAUUACUGGGGAUCGGUUAAUCGAGUCGCGCCACUAGAUCGCUCGUUUUCCCCUCGUAUCGAAUCGACCGAUCGAUGGGAAACAGAAUGGGAACAAAAGAACGAUGGGAACGGAGAGGAAAGGAAGUUCGAAAAUCUCGAUUAUAGGAGGCUACUUUAACGGUAUCCGAUGACGCGUCUUCCUUUGAAGAGGCAGCGAUAUUCGAUAUUCGAAGAAAUCGAGGAACAAUUACGUAUACGCAAUUUUGUAUAAUCAAUUUAUAUAUCUGUCUGAAUUAUUUACUCUCCGAGCUUAUUAUUUUUAGCCCAAAGUGGCUGCUUCGAAAUCUGCCUGUUUUUCUUCGAUAAGGGAUGAACUGAAGGGACCGAAGGAAAAAGCGGUACCACCCUCGUCACGUUCUCGUACGAUUGCCAGCGUUGUUCGUUUCGAAGAACCGUUGAAAUCCCGCGGUGAAGAAGCGGUCAGUAUGUA